UCAAAAAAAUACCAGGGUGAAAUAAAGCAGAGCUGUCCAGAGAUUUUCUUGUGACCCCCAGAGUCCUUCAUCCCAGCACUGCUCACCCUCCUCCUCCUCAGUGGUGGAGGGGUCACAUGUUGCAGCCAUUUUGGAUCUACAGAAACUGCUUCAUUGAAAUGAUGCUGCAUUUUCUCACUCUAUAGUUUCCUGUGUUGGUGUUUUGUAAAUGACACCGCUCCUCCCUCUGCUUUCAGCCCGGACAAGUACAUUUCGGGUGUGGCGUUCAGUGACAGAGAGAAAUACACUGUUAGUUAGUUACAGUUAAGUCCAUCACAGCUUUUUACUGCAUCUCAUGGGCUUCAUCAGUGAGUUUGUCCAGGAAGUUGACGGACGUUAAACAGUAGAAGAUGCGUGCUUUAAAACUGACGUUAUCUGUGUGUCUCGCCACCUGUUUCCUGACGUGUCUGGACUCUGGAGACCUUCAGGAGAUGGAAGUGAAGCCUGGAGCUGAUGUCCUCCUUCAGUGUCAGGGUCCCAGAGAUGCUGACAUCAGACUGUUAAAGUGGAGCAGACCUGAUCUGGAGUCAGAGGGUUAUGUCUACUUCUUCAGAGACAACCACUUAUAUGAAGACAUCCAGCAUCCAUCUUUUCAUGGUCGAGUGAAGCUAAGAGAUCCACACAUGAAGGACGGAGACUUUUCUGUGACUCUGAAGAACGUCAUCGUCAACGACACUGGAAGAUACGAGUGUGAAAUAAUAAACAGCAAAACAGGAGGCAAACCUGAGCUCAUCAGCACCAUCAACCUGAAGGUUGAACCAGGUCACACACUUGGAGAUGGUGAGGACAGAGAAAACAGGAAUGGAGGGAACGACAAUGAAGGGAACGACGGUGGAGGGAAAGACGGUGGAAAUGUCGGCCUGGACGUAAUUCUGUCUGUUGCUGUGCUUUGCGUUUGUAUCGUUGUUUCUGUGGUCAUCUUUAGAAUAUAUAGAGGACGCACUGAGCAGAAUAGAGGGCAGAACCAGCCGCAGGUUUUUACAGUGUCAAAUGCCACCCCAGCAGUAACCCCCCUUUCUACACCCCCCUCCUCGACAAUGUCAACCCCACCCCAAACGCCCCUCUCCCCUCCAACACCCCCUCCUUCAACAUCCUGAUAAAAAUGGUUAUUUUCACAAACUAAAAUUUACAGAUGUCCCCUGAAACACUCGCAAUAGAUCGCAGUAGACAGCGCAGUUUACUGAUAUUCCCUAAACGCCUCACAUGUAGGCUCUUGGUGAAGCUUGGCUGUGCAGCUGUGCACAGAGAAGCUUCCGCUGCAGUGCACACAACUCAAACAGGCUAGUGAAUUAGUGAAAUAAGGUGUUCUAAUGUAAGAUCUACCUGAGCUGGCGACAGGUGAUUUUAUCUACCUGAGCAGGUAAUCACAGGUAGAGCCUGUAGGAAACACCAUGGGGUCUCAUUUGCAGGGUUUCUGGGGCAGUGGCAGUGCACUGUGUCAUACCUUUAUUUGAGGUUUAAAGGGGUUCAUAGCAGUCAAAAUGUGCCAGUAUGAGGGGCCAUCAGGGCCCCUUUAACCUUUGUGGGGACCAAACAUUUGCUUGGUUUUCCUCUCCUGACUGUGGCCCCGGGUGUGUAAUGUCUCAAUUCUCUGCUGUUACACAAAGAUGAAAUAUAUUUAUAUACAUAGAUUUAAUAGAUUUAGUUCCCAUGACAACAUGUGGACCUGUUUAGACCUGGUGCAGGACUCUACCGGACCUUACAGGUGUGGUCAGAGACGUCUUCCACAUAUGAAUGAAGUUCACUAGAUUUAAGUUAUUGUUGAGAGUCUUCCCGUACAUAUACAUAUAAACAUACACAUACAGCCUGAUAGUAAUGAUAGUAAUAGUUUUAUUUGUUGAAACCAAAAGCACAAAACCCUUUGUAAAGUCAGAGUGAGACGUGUCAUAAAUGAAAUGAAGGAAAUUCAGAUUUUUACAGAGUGUUAUUUGUUUUCAUCAGACAGAUUCUUUUUCCCUUAAAGGGUCUUUAACUGAUUUAUUACUGACAACUUACAGUUUUAAUAUAAGCCUCAUUAUAACAGUUGAAGUGUUUACUGAGUGGAGUUUUACUCGUCAUUGAAGACAGUAUUAUAGAUGAUUGAUGUGAGCUGAUACCGAUAAUGUAGGAAACUUACAGUGUGAGGAUCCACAUCUCACAUACAUUCAUCCACUGAACUCUGCAGAUUCAGCUCAGUACACCUGAACGUAUCACUGUGAGAUAAAAUAAGGUUUGAUGAAGGAUUCACAGGUUAAUGCACCAAAAAACUGAAUGAAGGACUUUUACACAAAUGUAUUAAUGGAUUUACAGCUGAGUCGUGCAGAAUGAAGCUCAUAAACCUGUUUGAUGAUUUUUUAACUGUUCAUUCACACAACACUUAAAGUUGAUUGUAUUGUAUAUAAAUUUAUAUCACUUUCUAAAGAUGUUUAACAUGAAGCUCUUGUUGUGUUAUAUUCUUGUUCAGAUAUAUAUUUUAAUGUUCACUGUCAAACUCUUAAUAAAAUGUUACAUGUAUUAAUCAGUUUUUGUUUGACACUAUGAUCACAUGAUCCAGAUAUUAUCAGACAAAUCUGCUGCUGAGUUCAUCACAUGUGAAGCUCACUGGACUGAGUUAACAACAGGUGUGACUGUGAACAGAGAAUCAUUUCAGUCAGCCAGAUCAGAUGUGUGAGCAGCUGACGGCAGGUUAGCAGAAAAACAGGUUCAAUCACUAAUUGUUUUUGAAUGAGUCACAGGAAACAAAGUGAAACAGUUGUGUGACUCAGGUUCUUUCUCUGGAUGUUCCAGUGUAGUUUAGAUGUGAAUGUAAAACAGUGAGUACAGAGAGUGAAAAGCAGGAAGUGAGGUUUGACAUGAACCAACAGAGCGAGAGCAGCAGCCUCCAUCUUUACUGAGCAGUCAAAGCACACAGAGACAGUUCAGGAGGAAAGCUUUCAUCACUUAUUCCCUCACAUCACUUAUUGAUCACCUCUGAUCACUAAUCACUCAAACUCUGGGACUCUUUAAAGCUCAGGUCAGAGGUCAAAGGUCAGACUGUGAAGAUAUAACCGUCCUCUGUUGAUGGCUGAAGCUGCCACCUGCUGGCUGCCUGUUAUCACUGCACUGCAUCGCACAGUACUAUAAAAUACAUCCUUCAUAAUGUACAUUUUCAGGUGAAGUUAACAGAUGUGUAAAUCAUCUGUAUUCUGGCACAAAGAAUUCUUAUCAUUAGUAGUAGUAUUUGGAUUUCACCCUGUAGUUAUCAUGAUAUAUGAUCCGCCUUUAAACCAGCAGCUCAGAGGAAACCCCUCCCUCUGUCACAGACGGGGCUGUUCUCUCAGCUUCAUACAAGCAUAACUUUCAUCUGCACGCUCAAAGUUUUAGACAUUAAAUAUAGGUUUUCGGUAAAUACCACUGCUCCUGGAGAUUUCUAAUCAUCUAACAUCUGGAAUAACGGGACCAGUCGAGACUGAAAAUGGCUGCUGUAACAUCUGCAUUACUCUGGUGGACUUCACUUUCAGCCUGUCUCCUGAUCUCUGCCUCUGAAUUUCAGCUCAUCAGAACUGUUCCUGGACAGACUGUCACUCUGCCAUGUCGAGCUCCCAGAAACACCAACAUCAAAGCUGUGGAGUGGACCAGAACUGAUCUGGAGACAGAUUAUGUUCUUUUGUACUGGGACGAGCGGCCUGAUCCAGAAAAACAGCAUCCAUCUUUUCAGAAUCGGGUGGAGCUGAGGGACAGUCAGAUGAAGGAUGGUGACCUUUCCUUGUUUCUGAAGGAUGUGACGAGAGACGACAGUGGAAUAUACAAGUGUCGAGUCCAGAGGAAAACAAACUACUGGGAGAGAUCUUAUUUGGACACUGCAGCGAUCAGCGUCAUCUACCUGAAGGUGGAAAUAAUUCACAACAUCACAGCUGUUUCUGGAGACAAUGUCACUCUGCCAUGUCGAGCUCUUAGCAACAUCCCUAUCUUAGUUGCAGAGUGGACCAGACCUGAUCUGGAGCCACAACAUGUCCUCUAUCAGCAGCUUAGCUGGUCUAUUGCACAAUACCAGCAUCCAUUUUUUAAGAACCGAGUGAAGCUGGAGGAAAGUAAGAUGGAGAAUGGCGACGCAUCUUUGAUUCUGAAAAAUGUGACGAGUAAUGACACAGGAAGAUACGAGUGUCGAGUCGACCAGAGAGAAACAAACCGCAGGAAGAGAGCUUAUCUGAGGACCGAGCCCAUCAACAUCAUCAACCUGACUGUUCGUCCACCAGGCCACACAGAUGACGACAUGGAGGAUGGAGGGAACAAGGAUGGAGGAAUUAAGGAGGAGGAAAGAGGACAAACAGAACUUGUUGGACUGAUAGUUGGUCUGUCAGUUGUUGGUUUGAUUGUCGUUGUUAUUGUUGUUUAUAUGACCUUUAGAAGACACAGAGGGUUCACAGAGCAGAAUUAAUACCAGCCUCAUCCUGAUAAAUCAUCUGCCCAUCAUCAGGUCUGAAGUGUCUCUGAGAAAGAAUCUGGACCAUGAUUCAGCAGGUUUAUCACUGAUGAUGGUGAAACAGUUUUACUCAUACACUCAGUUUACAGAUGGAAAUAAAAUAAGCUUUGAUGAAGGAUUUACACAUCACUAUAACAACGCAAAAAAACUGAAUGAGGAUCUUUUAUAUAUAAAUGUAUUAAUGGAUUUACAGCUGAGUCCUGCAGAGUGAAGCUCAUCAACCUGAAGCUGCUGUGCUGCCACCUGCUGGCUGCAUGCAACCACUGCAUUAACCAUCCAUCUCCAGUUUUUCUGGAGAACAGAUCCUGGACUGUGUCCCAUCAUUAGAAGCUGAGCUACAGUGGUAAACAGCAGCAACGCACUGAUGGUUACUGAAAUAACCUGCACUCUCUGAUCAGAUCAUUAGUUCAUCUGUCAUCACAGAACACCCAAACUAAUAUUAGCUUCCAUCAAUAUGAUUAAAGAGUCAAACAAACA